AGCUCUAUGGGCGCAGAGUGGGAGCCGCUCUAUGUCGACAUCUCUAUGGUGGAUCCCAUGCUUCGGAUCCCGUUCGUUUGGAUGGCGGAUGUGCCGAUGGAGGACUGAGGGAGUCCGCUCUAUCGGUGCUGAGAGCAGCAAAAGUUCUUCCUGUUUACAGCUUUCGACUGGAAAUGACUCAAGCGAGGCAGCAGCCUCGUACCGGUGAAUGGUGGCAGACUGAGAUCAGGCGGAGCGGAGUCCAGGUUAUAAUAAUUUACUACAUUUGGUAGAAGAUCGUUCUCCAGAUAUGGAAGAAGAUACUAGUCCUCUUCUGGUCCCUGUUGGAGGUGAUGAAAAUGACAUUGGGGCCCUCAAUAUUCAGUUUAACCCAGAAGACUUUAAAUACAAAAGGCCAUUCCAUAUAGAACCUACAAAUAUUGUUACUGUGAAUGAUGAUAUGCAGAGAAUUACAGAUGAAGCUUCAGCAAUGAAUAAGCGGAUUCAUUACUACAGCAGGCUUGCUUCGCCCUCAGAUAGAGCACUGGUGGCUCCUGAUCACGUACUUCCUGCUCCAGAAGAAAUCUACGUGUAUAGUCCGUUAGGAACGGCUUACAAAAUAGAUGGUUGUACGGAUGGUUACGGCAAAAACUCAAGCAUAGUAACUAUAUUUAUGAUCUGGAAUACAAUGAUGGGUACAUCUAUAUUAAGUAUUCCCUGGGGAAUAAAACAGGCUGGAUUUACCUCUGGAAUUGUUAUUAUUUUGUUAAUGGGAGUAUUGACACUUUACUGUUGCUACAGAGUUGUGAAAUCGAGGACAAUGAUACCUUUAAUAGAUACCUCAACUUGGGAAUUCCCAGAUGUUUGCAAGUAUUACUUUGGAUCAUUCGGUCAAUGGUCUAGCCUUUUGUUUUCGUUGGUAUCCCUUAUUGGAGCCAUGGUGGUUUACUGGGUCCUCAUGUCCAAUUUCCUUUACAACACGGGGAUAUUUAUUUAUAAUUAUGCUCAUCAUAUUAAUGUAACGGAUAUUGUUCCUGGUACAAAUGGGAGCACUAAAGUAAUCUGCCCAGGUGAUGCAGGCAAGGAAGUACCAGGAAACAGAACCUGGACACUUUCUUCUACCGGUGAUUCAGGAUUUGAGGAAUUUGAACGGCUAUGGAGCAAAUCGAAAACUGUCCCUCUUUACUUGAGCAUCCUUGUUCUGCUAUUGAAUUUCAAGUCUCCCUCUUUCUUUGCCAAAUUCAACGUUUUAGGUACCGUUUCAGUCAUCUACCUAGUUAUCCUCGUUACUGUGAAAGCUGCUCUCUUGGGAUUCCAUUUAGAAUUUGACUGGUUUAAAUCAACCACAUAUUUUGUACCAGAGUUCAGGACUCUGUUUCCUCAGCUUACAGGGGUGCUGACUCUGGCCUUCUUUAUUCAUAAUUGUGUAAUUACACUGCUUAAGAACAACAAGAACCAGGAAAGCAAUGUCAGAGAUCUUUCCAUUGCCUAUUUUCUGGUGGGUUUAACUUACCUCUAUGUUGGGAUAUUAAUCUUUGCUGCCUUUCCAUCUCCACCAUUAUCUAAAGAAUGCAUAGAACAGAACUUUUUAGACAACUUCCCCAGUAAUGACAUCAUGUCAUUUCUGGCAAGAAUAUUCCUGCUGUUCCAGAUGGUGACUGUGUAUCCACUGCUUGGAUACUUGGCACGAGUUCAGCUAUUUGGACACCUCUUUGGAAAUGUUUACCCGAGUUUCCUACACGUGCUGGUUUUGAAUAUAGCCAUGGUAGGAGUUGGAGUCGCGAUGGCUAUAUUUUACCCAAACAUAGGAGGAAUCAUAAGGUAUUCUGGAGCAGCUUGCGGCUUGGCCUUUGUAUUUGUGUAUCCAUCGCUCAUCUACAUGAUCUCUUUGCAUCGGGAAAAUCGUCUGACGUGGUUGGCUAUAGUUGUCCAUAGUACGAUAAUCCUUCUGGGAGUGGCUAACUUAAUUGCACAGUUCCUAAUGUGAACAUAAAUCUUAAGGUCAGUUUCUUUUUCAAGAGAAGAUUAGGUUACCAUGAGCAACAGCAUUAUAAAAGCUGUGGACUGCCUAUCUGUGGGGGCCGAAUUCUUCCAAAGAAAAGCUGUAUUUUAAAACAAAACGUCUCUUCAAGAAAUGGAUGGUAUACAUUGGAACACAUAGUACAGCAUGGCAAACUGAACAGCCCUAGUGAAUUUCUGAUGAAACAUCAAGUAGAAGUGCAAUUGGGAUUAAUUAAGCUUAAGUUCUUCGGUAAAUGCAUAUAUUUUUUUCAAAGGGAAAAAGGCACAUGAUAAACUUUAUAUAUAGAAACUGUUGGUUGACUUUUCUUGCAGCAUAAUAGAAUUAAGGGACUCUGCUGAUCAUAAAAAUUAUAUAUCAUAUUUCACACAGUGGUGACAUCAGUAUUAUAUGUCGAAACAAGUGGUUUGAAAUCCUUUGCAAGUGAAAUGUAGCACAGAUCAAAUUGAAGUACACAACUUUUUAAAAAGCUGUAACUGUUGCCUUUUAGAAAAUGUAAUGUACAUGGUUCUUGAAAAUGGACUGUUGCUGUACUAUACCUGGAUAUGCAUAAGAAUUCUUUUUUUGAUGUUUCAAGGCAAGUAGAAAUAUGUUUUACCUUUCCAACCUGGAAGGGAUUAUUUGUAAAACUCUCUAGUGUUUGUGAUUAGUACUUGAAGGCUGUUUCUAGGAAAGUUGACCUUUUUGAGCCAAAAUCUGGGAGGGGAUGGUAAGAUUGGCAUGCAUGCAUGCACAAAGAUUGGUCACAAUGCUUUUCAUACAUUUCCAGCCACAGUUCAGAGAACUAGUUUGACUUUUUAAAAACCUGUGCAAUCCAAUAGUUACCAUCAAGAGAUCUGCUGGCAGAAUGGCCACUGCACCCCCAGUUUGCUCAGCCCAGUAGGGGAGGAAGUAAAUACAGAAGAAGAAUCUAUAUGAAAACAAUUGAAAGCGGCAUACACAGUUGUACCAAUCCCAGAAGCCUAACUGCAGCCUACACUACCACUUGCAGGCUUCCUAUACUCAGAGGCUGCCAAAGAACCUGCAGUGAUCAGGGUGGAUGUCAUCAGCCUGCCUCCCAGCAUCACAGCACUCAACACCAGAAGGCACCUACUCCAGUAGCCCUAGUGACUCAUUGCCUAAGGCACGGGUUUGGGAAGCAGGAGAUGGGAGUUUGAGCCUCAACAGGAGCUGACAUUCCCCUGUUCACCUCUUGCACACCUGGGGUGGGGUGGGGAGAACCAAAGCAAAUGUCAGGGGCAAAAGAGAGGGAGCUGUUGUGCAAGGAGCUGGGCACUCCGCUCACCCUUCUAAUAGUGGCUAACGGGGAGGGAGCCCCAUACAGCUGCUGCACAGUCCAGCUACUGGAUUCCUCUGCUGAAGUGCCCUGAGACGCUUAUGCACCUUGUCCUGCUGUCCAGAUGAUCAGCCCAGGGUGGGCAGGCUCCUAGGAGCCAGAGCGAAGAGGCACAAUUUUUGUACCUCCUGGACCUGCACCCCCAGCGGGGGCCAAUCUAACCAACCCCUGCCUGGGGACAACCCUAUUCUAGGAAGGGGGAAAAGGCCUAGCCUACCGUAUCUCAACCAAUCACUAAGAGUGUUGCAUGAGCCAAUAGCCUGCUCCUAGAUGGGCCAACCAGCCUUUCUAGCCCACCCUCAGCAAGCCAUGUGACUAAUCCACUCUCAACACAUGAUGGCUGAAUAGGAAAGCCAUGCCAGGUAACAUCCCAGCGGAACUCUUCCUCUUCAUACAAAGUUUGGGGAAUGAAAGAGUCUCUACCCCAAUAGCCCAUGCCCUCCCCAAGUCCCAGCCUGAGACCAGCUGAUGCCAAGGUGAAUUGCUUCCUAAACAGGGUCUCUUCCCCCCCUCUAUCUCUUGAGGCUCUUCUAUAUUGACUAUUGAUAGACGGUGAGAUGGGAGGGGUAGUUGUGCCUGGCAACCAACCAGAAAGGACCUUGUACUUUUCUCUGUUCCUCUACUGUGGGGCAGAAUGGCUGGCAGCUGACAACCUUCACUGCCAAGAAGAGAUGCUGAUGAAGGCCACUAACGACAGAUAGCUUUAGGACGGGAUACAAAUUAAUGGAGAGAGAGAGAGAGAGAGAGAGAGAGAGGCUCUUUGUCAUGGUGACUACAUGCAACUUUCAGGUUCAGAGGAAGUAUGCUUCCAAAUUAACUGCUGGAGGGUAGGAGCAGGAGAGAACUGUUGUACUCCUGUUCUGCUCAUGGGGCUCCCAGAGGCCCUGAUGUGGCCACAUUGGAGAACAGAAUGCUGAUAAUCUUUUGGUUCUGAUCCAACAGGACUCCGUUUAUGAUUAUCUUAUACUCUUAACAGUAGCAAGGUGUGCUCAAAGUAACAAGAGUUGGCUGCAGUUAUACUUCAUAUCUAGAUUCCUCUUUCACAAAAUCCAUUAUUUAAAGGACUCUGCUGGCGGAGGCCUUGUUAGUUUCAAUAGACUCUACACCAGUGUGACGUUUUCAGGGUCCACAUGCCUGUCUUCUGGAGUAAAUGUCGAUGUGAUUAUUUUUUUUCCAUAAGAUCCGGACUUUUUAAAGUGUGCUUAUGUUGGACACUUGUUGUGACAUGAUAGCAUUGAUGCACAUCCUGGAAAAGUUCCAAGAUUUCCUAGAUCAGGAAAUUCCCUAAAGUUGGGAAACUGCUUUUGUCACCACUCUAUCCUCUAUCUAUGCACUCUAUUUAAACAUAAUAGAACUCACAUAUACGUAGGUGGAAACUAGGGACAGAAGGUGUCUGAACAAGUGCCAGGUGUGUGUUUUUUUGCUGGCACAAUCUGCUGUGCUGCGCUCAGGAGGCAGUUGCUGCAACCUGGGACCUGAUUUUCCUCUAGUCCUCAAGGAGGCCUUCAAUUGAAGCCGGGAGCAAAUUAGCCAGAUUAUUGCAUAGCCUUGUAUGCACUAAUCCAGGAUUCUUAGGCAUUGCCAACAGAUGGAGACAAACUCCCUAGUGCAGGCAUCCCCAAACUCUGCCCUCCCAGCUAUUUUGGGACUACGAUUCCCAUCAGCCCUGACCACUGGUCCUAUUAGCUAGGGGUGAUGGGAAUUGUAGUCCCAAAACAGCUGGGGAGGCCAAGUUUGGGGAUGCCUGCCAUAGUGCCACUGCCGUUUGGUUCCUUGGUUUGGCAUUGGUGUCUCUUCAAAGAAAUGACAUGAAACAAGAAUAUGAGAAACUGUAAAGAAACAGACAAUAAAAUAAACUGGUGCUAUUUUAAUGGUUUAAAAGUGUACUUUUAUCUUGUGUGCAGAAUACAGUUUUGAUUUAUGUCAUGUAGAAUGGAAGAUGGAUAACUUGCACCCUGUUGUUACAUGUGCCAGCAAAAGAUAAGAAUACCUGGGUGGUCAUGUGUACUUUGCCAUUGUUGGAACACAUUUUACGCAUGUGCGUUUUGAGAAGUUUGGUUUGCUAAGCUACAAAAAUUAAUAAUGAGGUUCUGUCUCUUGAGAACUGUACUGAAGUCUCAGCACAGCUGGGACAAACCAUAAUUAAAGGUUAUCAGAUUUUG